UUCUGCUUCCUGUUUGUGAAACGUGGCUGUCCUACAUAGCAGCAGAGACCCAGACCUGAGAGCUGAUCAUGCCCCUGAAACAACUUCAUAGCUGGCUGAAUGCUGUGGUCUUUGGGCUCCUGCUUUUCCUACUUCAUGUAAAGGGUCAGGACUCCUCAGAUGCCAGCCCCAUCAGAAACACACACACAGGCCAGGUCCGAGGCAGCCUUGUUGAAGUGAAUGAUGCCAAAGUUGGUGUCCACAGUUUCCUGGGCAUCCCCUUUGCCAAGCCGCCUGUAGGACCACUGCGUUUUGCACCCCCUGAAGCCCCUGAACCAUGGAGUGGUGUGAGAGAUGGGACCUCACAUCCAGCCAUCUGUCUGCAAAACCUUGAAAUGAUGAAUUCAGUGGGCCUGAAGGACAUGAACCUGCCCCUGCACACACUCUCUAUGUCUGAGGACUGCCUGUAUCUCAACAUCUACGCACCAGCGCAUGCCCGUGAGGGCUCUAACCUGCCUGUGAUGGUGUGGAUCCAUGGUGGUGCCCUUGUUGGAGGCAUGGCUUCUAUUACUGAUGGAUCCAUGUUGGCAGCGAUUGAGGAUGUGGUGGUUGUUAAUAUCCAGUAUCGUCUGGGUGUCCUGGGAUUCUUCAGCACUGGAGACCAGCACGCCAGAGGCAACUGGGGCUUCCUGGAUCAAGUAGCCGCCCUACGCUGGGUCCAGCAGAACAUCGCCCACUUUGGAGGCAACCCUGACCUUGUCACCAUCUUUGGCGAGUCAGCAGGUGGCACAAGUGUGUCUUCACUUGUUGUGUCCCCCAUGUCCAAAGGACUCUUCCACAGAGCCAUCAUGGAGAGUGGAGUGGCCCUGCUGCCUGACCUUAUCUCUGACACCCACGAGAGGGUCUACAAUACAGUGGCCAACCUGUCUGGAUGUGGGACCAUGGACUCAGAGGCCCUGGUACACUGUCUGAGAGGCAAGAGUGAAGCAGAGAUUCUGGUCAUUAACAAGGACUUCAAGGUCAUCCCUGCUGUGGUGGAUGGGGUUUUCCUACCCAAGCAUCCCCAAGAGUUGUUGACUUCUGUGGAUUUUCGUCCUGUCCCCAGCAUCAUUGGUGUCAACAAUGAUGAGUAUGGUUGGGUCAUCCCCAUGAUCUUCGGCAUUGCUCAUACAAUAAAGGAAAUAACUAGAGAGAACCUGCAGGCUAUUUUGAAGAAUACAGCAUCACAAAUGAUGCUGCCUCCUGAGUGUAGCGAUCUGAUGAUGGAAGAGUACAUGGGGGACACUGAGGACCCACAGACCCUCCAAUUACAGUUUACAGAGAUGAUGGGAGACUUCAUGUUUGUGAUCCCUGCACUCCAAGUAGCACAUUUUCACCGUUCCCAUGCCCCUGUCUACUUCUAUGAAUUCCAACAUCAACCCAGCUUCCUCAAGAGUUUCAGGUCACCCUAUGUGAAGGCUGACCAUGGUGAUGAGAUUACUUUUGUCUUUGGAUCCUUCAUCUUUGGUAUAAAACUUGACCUCACUGAGGAGGAGAAGCUACUGAAUGGAAGAAUGAUGAAGUACUGGGCCAACUUUGCAAGACAUGGGAACCCUAAUAGUGAGGGUCUACCCUACUGGCCCAUGAUGGACCAUGAUGAGCAGUACCCGCAGCUGGACAUCCAGACUGCUGUGGGCCGAGCCCUGAAGGCCAGAAGGCUGCAGUUCUGGACCAAGGCUCUGCCUCAGAAGAUCCAGGAGCUAAAAAAAUCUCAGAGCACGCACAAAGAGCUAUAGUGUCCUGUGCGGGGAAUGGUGUUUAGCAUUGGCUGCUGAUGGGGUUGCUUUGAGGUUCAAAAAAUUAAUUGAGGGAUCUGGGCUGAUUCUAACAUUCAUAUAACCUCUGAACUUGUUCUUUUACAUUUAUCACGAAUCCCCUGCAUGUGACUCUAUCCUGCUGGGUCACCUUUGGUUAGAGCCACUCAAUGAAUGCUCCUAUAACGAUGUGGAAUUGUUAACAUCCCAAGGCGUUCUCACCAACUUUAACAACCAUUGGUACUAGGUUCCUUCCUUCCUUCCUCCCUUAAUUUCUCACCCUCAUUUUCAUUUUCUCUAAGACAAAAACAUCUCCUUAAAAUAAAGCAGAAGUUUGAAAACCAUCGAUGUGGGUUCUUCAAAAACACCAUAUCAUAUGAGUGAGGUGUGAAAAAUCUCAUUAGGUUCGUGCUUUUGUGGCCAUGAAGUCCAAGGUUAAGAUAUGAACCUGUUUGCUGUAUCGUGAUGACCAGCUCUCUGAUCCAGGGAUGAAACCUGGGUUUUUCACUGAGUAUUGGGAUAUUUUAAUGUUUCUCAUGUCCCAGACCUCCACUAGGCCUCACUCUUAAUAACAUCACAUUGGAGUCUAAGUUUCAAUAUAGAAAUACGUAUCAUAGAUACUUUCAAAACACAUCACAUAGAGGUUCCCAAGUCAGUGACCGGAUUUGAAAGCAUCCCAUGGUGUUUGUCGAUUAAAUGUCACCUACAGUCUCAUUUAACAUAAUCUGUACAUUGAUCAAUAUUGAUUUUUUUCCUUUUUUUUCUUUUUUUUGUUUUUUUGUGACAGGGUUUCUCUGUAGCUUUGGAGCUUGUCCUGG